UCACACGAGUGUGCUGGGUCACAUGGUCACGUAUCACAUUUCCCUCCCCUCCGUCUCCCUGUGACAGAUACACUGUCACUUUUGUUGCUCGGUAACCUGAUCCAGCUGUUGUGCAGGGACUGCUGCUGCAAACAUGGAGCAGGAGUGCGUGGCUGGUUUGUACCAGUCUCUGGGAAUAUCUGUGGGCCAAGAGUUUUCCCCUGACGACGUGUGUCUCCUCUACAGCAGAGUGUUUCAUGUUCCCGCCGACAUGGACGAAGCACACGCAGCUAUGGAGCAGAUUACAGGAGACAGCUGCUGGUCCUGUGCUGGUGAAAACGUCUUUGAUGUGCUCUUAGAAAUGGAGAGAGAGAGGGAAAAGAAGGAAAAGCUGUUCUGGGAUCUGCAGCUGAUAAACGCAGGGAACGUUAACAAUAUCUUUGUGAUGGAAAAGCCUGUCGUCACUGAUCCUCACCAGAGGAAACACUCACACUGCACACGCAGCACACACACUGUACAGACAGAGAAACUAUUGGAGGGAAAUGAGAAGUGUGAGAGGGUGAGGAGCGUGAAGAGGCUAAAGAGAGCAGCCAGGCAGUGCUGGAUCAGGUUGGCGUCUGAGGGUGUGCACAGUAUACUGCCCUCACCCUGGUGGAGGCAAAGCCUCAAAGUCAAAGGUCACGCGUGGGGCUGUGUUUCCCUGUCAGACGCCUUCCUCUUGGUAGACGUGAAGUACGACGUCGUGACCCACUUGCUUUACACAGAAAUGCUUGUGGAGCAUCACACUGAGAGCGUCUGGGAGAGUUUGCUGUCAUGGCAACAACACAGAGAGGAGGAGGGGCUGGAGGAGUCUGCAGAGGAGGCCCUGGAGUCAGGUGACAUGCUCCGUUUGGCUGAGCUGCCAGGAGCAUUUAGGAUGUACAGGGUCUGUUUGGAUGCAUCUUUGAGAAGCUGUGCUGAGUUCAGGGAGCAGUGGUGCUCUGCUGCGUCACUCCUGUACGAGACGCACACAUGUCGUCAACAAGAGAGGGACAAACUGACAGAGCUGGGACAGAGGUUGGACAGAGAAAGCCUGAAAGUGGUGUGUCUACACAUUAGGUUGGCAACUCUGCGAGCUCAGAGAGAAAAAGUGUCCUACUGUGCUCUGCUGGCAGCGAGGCAGUCCUGGGAGACAUGGCCUCGUGUCAGCGGUGCGGGUGGAGCAGAGCAGGCUGCUGCUCUGUGGCUACAUGGUGAAGGCGAUGAUGAUGAUGAUGAGCUGAAUAAAGACUUGAUAUCCGUGUCAACACAGCAGCAGGCCGUGCUACAGUUGCUGAUGCUGACUCAGGAUCAGGAGAGAAGGCACCUCGUCAAAUUGAUACAUGGGGUCUCCCUGGAGGAUCUGCAGGGGCCAGUUUACACUGCACCACCAGUAGAAGAAGGUCAUAACCACACUGCUUUAAGGAAUAGUUGCGUUAAAAGGUUGAGACAAAUCCUCACCAGCCUGCAGACGCACAGUCGGCCUCAAACCAGCACUGAGCCACAUGUCCAGGCUCAGACAGAUCAGAUGCAGGUCUGCACGCGCAGUGAAGCAGCAGUGAAGUCCCAACACCAGCUGCAACACUGCGCUUUACUCCUCUUGACUCAGCUGCAGGAACUUCAUGAUCUCCAAGCGUCUGCAUUACUGCAAGUGCUGAUGGACAAGGGGGAAGAUCAUCUGCAGGUCCUGCGAGAUGAGUACGAGUCUGAACUUGGAACACGGGGCAUCGCCAACCUGCUCCAAUUCCUGAUCUCAGAUGCAGCCCUUACUUCGAGCUCCGUGUUUGUGUCUGAGAACAAUGAGCUGCAGAAAACUCCGUCCAGCACCACUGAAGUGGUCCAGAGCACGGGUUCUGAGGCAGCAAAAGUUCUGGCAGUGUUUGCAGACGGAGACCUAAACGAAAUCCAGGCUGCUGUUAUGACUAACCAGCAGGAUGUCUGCACAGAUUGUGGAUUCGUCGUGGAGGAGAUGCCCUACUUGGAGAUUUUGUGUGUCUCAGAUGCACCGAGUAAAACCCAUCAGAGUCUCACUGCAGGAAGAGAAGGACCCCAAGAGGAGAAUGGAGGCAGUGCAACAAGAAGCCCCCAGUCUUAUGAGAAGCAGGGCUCUUUGAUCGCGCUAGCUUGGAGCAAACCACCAGAAGAUGACGAUGACUAUGACGCAGAGGCUGCAGACAGAGUUACAGAGCUGAGUCAGAGCUGUGACAGCAGUCUGAAGGCUCAAGUCCAGACUAGUGACAUGUGCAGCACAGCUGAAGACACCCAGUGUGAGGAGACUUCUGGAGACAGGUGUGACGGGUGCCAUGAUGUAAACUCUGCAGAGAAGAGAGAGCUGACCUCGGAGGAGAAGUCAGUGGUUGACCAAUCAUGCGAGACAGAAGCUGUACCUGAACGUGAUCUGCAGGUGGUACAGUCCUUUGAAUCCACUCACCACCCUGAGAUGAAGCCACACUCUGAUGACCUCUGCUCUGGAGAGACCAGCGACACAGCUGAGGUUGAUGUGGAAACGUGUCUCACUGCAACAGAGUCAGAGCUGCUUGAUGUUGGACAAUCCACUCACACUCAGGACCAGAAACACUGUUCACUGACCACAUCUGACUUCACAGAGACGCCGAUGGAAAGAGAGCAAGUAAAAGAACCAGUCUCAGCGAUGGAGAGAGAGCAGACCAUACGCAACCUGGUGGACAUGCAACGGAAGGUUGAACAGCGACAGCAGCGAGACAGAGAGAGACAGCUGCUCAGGGUCAGGGAACGCCUGUCAAUCAUCCAGAGCAGAAAGGCAGAGGAGGACCUGCUCGGCCUGAAGGUCACAGACGAACUGAGACACCUGACACAAGGUCUACCACAGGAGGACAAGAACCGUCAGAAAACUGUGGUCAGAGAGCGUCUGGAGCAGCUGAGACGAGAGCGCUCUUAUGUCCUGCAGUCCAAACGAGACAGAAAUACUGCAGGAUUUAAGGAGCUCCUGGGUCCUGUUGCUCUCAGCAGAGAAACAGAGGAUGAAGGAGACUGAGAUACUGCAGCUGCUUCAGAAUCCUAUUUUCCUUUGUUCAAAACAAAUUAAACUUUAUUUGUAUUGUGUGAAUUGUAA